AUGGAUUGUUCGAACUCCCAUCCUUUGUAUGCCAAUCAGCCUUCAGAACAACCACAGAACCUCCUUUCCGUUGUAUUGCUGAAUGAGACUCCAGGUAGCAAUAUAGAUGGCCAACAGCAAAUAAACUGGUCACAAUUCAGGACUUCCCUUGAGCAGCACAAGCUUCAAGUGGACCAGGUUCUUCAAGCCCAUAAUGAAAAGGUACAGGUUGCACUUCAACAACAAAUAUCUUUACAAAAGGAAACUCUGUUGAACCUCGCAGAAUCUAUGGCGAGGGACGUGCUGAUGAAAAAGAAUGAAGAGAUUGCCCAUUUGCACAUGGAACUACAGAACACUCAGCAGGUUCUGCAAACUGCAUCGCAGGACAGAGAUGAGUGGAUGUACCUCGCUGAGGGGACAUACGAAAUGCAUCAGUUGCUUAUUUCUCUGGUGCCUCCUAUGCAGGGGACAAAUGUGUAUGCUCUUGCUUCAUCCAAUGAAUUAGGCUCAAGAAGUUCUUGUAAUCAAGCAAUGAACAUGGAGGAAACAACUAUAGAGAACGCACAUCCAACUCCUAUCUGCAAGCUUUGUUGUGUUAGUGAUGGUUGUAUGCUAAUCCUGCCAUGCCUACACCUAUGUGCAUGUAAGUCUUGUGUAGCAAAUCUAAACAUGUGCCCUUGA